GUGUGGCAGCUUCGGAGCACGCGCAUACAUACUGAGUGACCGGCAAGGCAGCAAGCCUAUAUAUAUGGACCUCAGGUUCUCUGCUCCCUCCACGGCAAACUUGCUAUUCUUACUUCCUCCAUUAGCCUUAAACUUGAUUCCAACCAAUCAAAGCAAGCCGAGAUGAAGCAAAAGAUCGUGAUCAAGGUGGAGAUGACAUGCGACAAGUGCCGGUCCAAGGCAAUGGCGCUGGUGGCGGCAACGCUGGGGGUGGACUCGGUGGCGCUGGGCGGGGACGGCAAGGACCAGGUGGUGGUGGUCGGCAACGGCGUCGACUCCGUCAAGCUCACUAGUGCGCUGCGCAAGAAGGUCGGCCACGCGCAGCUCGUGCAGGUCGGCGAGGUCAAGAAAGAGGAGGAGGAGAAGAAGCCUGCCGAAGCCACCCCUGUCGUCGAGUACGCAUACCCGUGGCACUACUACCAGUACCCUUCGCACGCAGUGCCGGUCUACGAGCACCCCGCCGGCGCCUACGGUUACCAGCACCGGCUGGACACCUGGUGGAUGUAGCCACACCACUCAGCAUUCUUGAGUAAUCUUUUUGUUCGCGAUCAGUGUUUAGCUAGCUCUAGUAGCUAGGAUUGCAAAUGCCAAAGGAGAGGGAUCUGUGUUGUGUUGGUUGUUUUCGAAGCUUCCUGAUUUUUAAUUAAUUGAUGGAAUCAUUUGCGGCUCAA